AUGGCAUAUAUAGCUCGAACCAUAGGUCUCACAACCAGACGUCAAGUAUUCACACCUCUCACCGCUUUAGCAACUCGUACAUUCACUUCCUCCAGUCGUCUAUCUUCCGGGGAAAGCAGGGAUCUUCGACCGCCAUCAACCCAAAUCUUCACACCCGCCGACGUGCAAGCCGGAAUCUCCGCUCUCUCCGCGGCAGGAUACGAUCCAACCACCGUAUGGGAACAACGCGUUGUAUGGGGAGAUCACGAUCAAUUCCAACACGUAAACAACGUUCAUUUCGUACGAUGGUUCGAAUCUGCUCGAAUGUUUUAUGCCAACACUCUCACUGAAUCUGAUGACUUUUCAGAGAAGAGGAGGGAGGAGAUCACGAGAGGUACAGGGAAGAGUUUCAUCCUUGCGGGAAUCAAUGUUAGGUAUAGAAGACCAGUGGUUUAUCCUGAUACUCUUUUGGUGGGUCAAGCAUGUGAACUUCCCCUAGGAAAGGAAAGGUUCAUGUUAAGAGGUGCAGCUUACAGUUUGGCUCAAAAGACGAUUGUUGCUGUUGCAGCACAGGAUUGCGUUACUUAUGACUAUACUAAGUUGAAGAAAUGUGAUAUUCCCGAAGAUAUUAAGAAAGCUUUAGAAGCUAGAGGGUCACACUUCGACAAAAAGCUCUAA